AAGGUUUACUUAAUUUCAGCAUAUGGCAGGGCCCACUUGAUUGACUUGGCAGCACUUUCCGUCACUGUCAUCGUCGGUUCCCCAUUACACGCCUAUCCGCUACGCGACAUAAAACCGUAGAAUUAAGCAACAACACCCGUGCGUUAAUUUAACUAUUUUAAAUAGUUGGUUGCUCUUUCAGUUAACAUAAUUAGAGUUUUUGUCCAGUUUAAAAUUGAAACGUAGUGAAUAAAUUCAGUGUACUAAUGUCCAUUACCUUACUCCGAGGUGGCAAGCAAAAGACAACCACUUGUGUAGGAAUGACCGUAAUGGCCAAAACUACAUUUGAAGAAAUAUGCGAGAAUGCCAAAUUAGCCAGAGAUAUGGCAUUGACGGGUAACUACGACUCGGCUUGCAUCUAUUAUGAGGGUCUGCAGGGCAUGCUGGCGCGCCUCCUUAAAACCACAGCCGACCCCAUGCGCAAAGGCAAAUGGAGCAUGAUCAAUCAACAAAUCAGCCAGGAACAUGCCAAAGUUAAGGCCAUACAACGCACACUGCAGGACAUAUCAUUAGAUCUGCAGAGCACGAAAUUCGCCCAUAAACUGCGCACCCAAAUCAGCGACGACGAUAAUAUAACCAAAGAUCCCGCCGCCUGGUUUCGUCCCGAUCCAGAUAUAUGGACGCCGCCACCCAAAGAUCCAGAUGUCUGGGGUCCACCAAAACCGCCACCGCCCACCACCCAAACUGUGGGUCGACGCGCAGCCCUAAACAGUAAGAAACCGUCCACCGCACAGCACGGCAGCCGGCACAGCACCAUCCCACAGAGCACCACACGCAAUGGAGCCUCCACAACUCGAAAUAGUCGUGCCACCUCAACGUCCACAUCGAAUAGCGCCCGUAACACAAAUGGUCGUGUGGCCGGACGUAAGCUCUCCACGUCAACUGCCAGCGAUCGCAAUGCCAACAAUGGCGAGAGCAAGACAGCCGGCCAAGAUGAUGAUGCUGCGGUCAAUAAUGGUGCCGCAGGUGAUAAUGAGGCGGGCGAUCAACAGCAAUCGGAGGAGGAACGCAAAUUUCAACCCAACAAUCACAUAGAAGCUGAGCUCGUGGAGAUUUUGGAACGUGAUAUUUUGCAAAAGGAUCCGAAAGUGCGUUGGAGCGAUAUUGCCGAUCUGCACGAUGCCAAGCGCUUGCUCGAAGAGGCUGUGGUAUUGCCCAUGUUAAUGCCGGGCUACUUUAAGGGCAUACGUCGUCCUUGGAAGGGAGUGCUGAUGGUUGGUCCGCCCGGCACCGGCAAAACAAUGCUGGCCAAGGCCGUCGCCACAGAAUGCGGCACCACAUUCUUUAAUGUUAGUUCGGCCACACUCACCUCCAAAUAUCGCGGCGAAUCGGAGAAAAUGGUGCGUCUGCUCUUCGAGAUGGCACGCUUUUAUGCACCUAGCACCAUUUUCAUUGACGAAAUCGAUUCGUUGUGUUCGCGUCGUGGGUCUGAGUCGGAGCAUGAGGCGUCGCGACGCGUCAAAUCGGAGCUCCUAGUGCAGAUGGAUGGUGUGGGGGGUAGUGAGGAACAGGCCAAGGUGGUUAUGGUCCUAGCAGCCACAAAUUUUCCCUGGGAUAUUGACGAGGCGCUGCGUCGGCGUCUAGAGAAACGCAUCUACAUACCACUGCCGUCGGAUGAGGGUCGGGAGGCCCUCCUAAAGAUCAAUUUGCGGGAGGUAAAGGUGGACGAUAGCGUCGAUUUAACAUAUGUAGCCAAUCAAUUAAAGGGCUACUCAGGCGCCGAUAUAACGAACGUCUGCAGGGAGGCUAGUAUGAUGUCCAUGCGUCGCAAAAUUGCGGGACUAACGCCGGAACAGAUACGCCAGCUGGCCACCGAAGAAGUCGAUCUGCCAGUGUCGAAUAAUGAUUUCAACGAAGCCAUCAGUCGCUGUAACAAAAGUGUAUCCAAAUCGGAUUUGGAAAAGUAUGAGAAAUGGAUGAAGGAAUUUGGUUCGUCAUGAUGGCGUUAUAAUAAUUACAACAAUAACAAAAACAAUGCCAACAUAUGCUGUGGAAAUAUAUUUUUCAAUAACUACACCUAUAAUAGCAGCAUUAAGCACAGCAACCACACCACAACACACGUAGUUUAUUAAGCUUAUAAAGUGAAAAAAGAAAUGUAAUGUCUGAAGAUUGAACAUAUUUUAUAUAGCAUUUUGCAUAUAUAUACAUUGAUAUAUAUAUACAUAUAUACACAAACUGGUUAAAGUGCAGAACAAGAAAUUCAAAAGACUAACAAAUUCUCUAAGAGGAAUUAAUGCAAAAGUGAAAUUGAAAACGCUAGGUAGUACAUUUUAAAUAGCACCAUAAACACCCGCAUGCCCGUUAAACUGUGUUCCUUGCUAAAAUGUUAAUUUUGUUGUAAUGAGAAUUUGCGUUUUAAUGUUUAUAAACACAAAUUUCUUUAACAACUAAGUGCAUUCUUAGCUGCAGAAAAAGUUGAGAAAUGAAGUGUUGUAAGUCUGUGACUUCUUUAAGCAAUUGAACUAAAUUAUAUUGAAGAUUCUGGCAAGGACUAGUUUUUUAAAGGCACUCACACACCCACAUCCACACAACACGCCUAGCAAUCCUUCCAUUUUAAUAGCCUAACACACACAAACUAACUAAUUAAGAAUUAACAUGCACCCCCUUCCAUAAACAUUUAUAUAGUAACUAUAUUAUGUAUAACUAUCGAAAACGCCUCACACAUGCCCACUACAUGGCUUUAACCGAUUAGCAUUAGCUACGAGUAUUCAUAUCGUUUGGUUAUGUAAAUCAUCGUUUUUGAUUUUUUUAAUGUAUUUGUUUAACACACAGGUUUUUUCUUUACAAAAUAAGUUUUACAUUUAAAUCGCUUAAUUUAUCAGUAGUGUAUAUUCUAAUUUAAUGCCGAGCUGGCGUGCGAAAGUUAUUUUAAAUUAAUCAAAACCAGAAGCAAUAUGUACUUAAAUUUGAAAUUUUAAACAAUAAAAACAUUUUUUAACUUGA